AUGGAGGUGCAGUCAGAAUGUGUGGAACCUCCUCCACCUCCUCCUUCUGUUCCCCCAUGCGACCCCCAACCGCCAGGGAAGAUCAACAAAGCAGCCUUAAAGCUGUUUGGAAAACGACGCUCCAGCUCCGGAAUGGCCAGAUUCUUCUCCUUCAGGAACAAAGAAGCCAAUGGGAAUGGGAAUUCCGAGAAUGGGAAUUCUGUGAAUGGGAAUUCUGCGGGGACGGCUAACGAGCUCGUCAGGAGUAAAACGCAUGAUGGACUAACAAGCUCGGAGACAGAUGGACAGAGAGGGGAGGAGUCCGGAAUAUCAGAGGCGGGACAGGAGGAUAAUGGGAGCUUGGAGGCUGAGCUAAACACAGAAUCAGCGGGAACUUCUUCCGCAGACAACGCCACAACACCACUCACGCACUCUACUGCCAUGACGACAAACCUGUCAGAAUUCCCCUAUACACCAUCCCCUUCCCCUCUUCACACUGCCUUUCACUCAAGACCCAAAACGUCCAUUUCCUCAGCAACGGCCACCCCUCCUCUGGAUCGGUGUGACCCCACCUCUGAACCCUCAGUGGACCGGCUCUGUUCACUCCUCUUCACUGACGUCACCUCGCUCAAGAGCUUUGAUUCGCUGACAGGAUGCGGUGAUAUCAUUGCAGACGCAGAGGAGGAGGUGGCAGGAAACGUGGGAGGAGGAAAUGGAGGAGGAGGAAGUGUCACCAGUAGUAGCAGUAGCAGUGGGGGAGGGGUAGUACGCAGCUCCCCAGCUAAAUCCUCCAUUACUAACCAUGUCACCCCUUCCAGCAUUACCCCUACCCCCACUUCAGCCCCUGCCCCCCUCCCAGCCAGGGCACGGCUGAUGCCCUCUCACUCUGCCCCAAUUCAGCAGCCCUCUGGCAGCGGCGUGGUGGCCUACAUGGGGGGUGGCGAGGAGAUGGCCAGCCCUGACGGGGUGGACGACGCAGACAUGCAGGGGCUCUGGCACAUGCUCCCCUCUGGGGGAGAGAACUCCCCCGCCCUCCCCCGACCCAGCUCUCACCCAGCUCCCCCCAGGGGUACAGAGCGGAAACCCCCCCAGGUCAAGUCUCUGGGACUCAGCAAGAUCCCUUUAGUGGGGGGAGGAAGGAUGAGUAAACUACCCACUCAUGCUGCCCGUCAAACCUCCUUGCCCAAUGAGAAGGACACUAAGGAGGAGGUCCAGCCCCAACAGGAUGUCCCGGCCCUUAGAGAUGAGGGCUAUUGGGAUACGCCCUCGGCAACCCCCACGGCAACGCCUGACGACGGCUUCCUGCGGAACCAGAGGAUUGGUUUAUCGCGUGACAGCUGCUCUGGCGACGCGCUCUACGACCUCUACAAUGAGGAAUUGGACAGAUCUGAUGAAGAGGAAGAGGAGGAAGAAGAUCUGACAAGUACUCCUUCCCUCUCCACUGACGACUACAAACGCAGCGCUCCCUCCCAGACUACUCCUCCUUCCUCUUCCUCCUCUUCAUCUUUCCGCUCGAUGAAGGGAAGCGCUAGCCUUCCCCGGGAGUCCAAAAUCCCUCUUAGUGUCAGACAGAACACACCCCCCCACUCUGUGAGUCAAUCAGCUCUUUCUACUGUCCUCACAGCCACUCCUCCCUCUGAUACACCCACCCAAGCUCCUCCCCCAGCCCGGACCAGGAUCCCUGUCUCCAAGGUGCCAGUCCGUCGCCCUGGGAACAAGCCCGGCAACGCUACACGAGGGCCAGCCCCCAGGAAGUAA